AUGAGGAAACUGUUGAUUGAGGACUGUAGUCAGGAAGUUGUUUUGACAGCAGUCCAAGAGUUCAUUCCAUUGGAUUUCAAGGAACUAAAAGAUUGUCAGAAGGAGGACAACAAGCUUGCAGAAGUCAUUAGAAAAGUCGAACGGUCGAAAGGACCGAAGGACUUCAGUAUAAGAGGAGAUGUGACUCUAUCUUACAAGAAUCGAAUAGUCAUCCCAGCGGAUCAAGAGUUAAAGGAGAGGGUGUUAAAGGAAGCUCAUAAAACACCUUACACCGCUCAUCCCGAUAGUGCGAAGUUGUACCAGGAUCUGAAGCAGUAUUUUUGGUGGGAAAGAAUGAAGAAUGAUGUAGUAGAAUUCGUGAAUAAGUUUUCUAUUUGUAGACUGAGUUUGCAGAAUUUGAUGGGAACCAAUUUGAAGUUUAGUAGUGCAUACCAUCUGCAAACAAACGGACAAGCAGAGAGGAUGAUUCAAACAUUGGAAGAUAUUCUUAGACCUUGUAUAAUGGAACAUGAAGGAAUUUGGGAGAAGCAACUACCUCUGGUAGAGUUUGCUUACAACAAUAGUUUUCAGGUUACCAUUCAGAUGGUACCCUAUGAAGCCUUGUAUGGCAGAAAGUACAGAUCCUCGCUGCAUUGGGACGAAGUAGGAAAGAGUAAGGUGAUUGGACUAGAAGUCUUACAAGAGAUAAAGGAUCAUGUUCACACAAUCAGAGAAAGGAUGAGAACGACACAGUCGAUUGAAGAGCUACGCUGA